CGCCUGCCGGACGUGAUGCUGCCGGUGUGGUUCACCAACAGCAUCGACGUGGUGUCCACAUACGUCCAAGACCAGAGCGAGGACUGCCUCUAUAUGAACAUCUACGUCCCCACUGAGGAUGUUAAAAGAAUAUCCAAGGAAUGUGCCAGGAAACCGGGCAAGAAAAUAUGUAGACAAGGAGGUCCCCUUACAAAGAAACACACUGAUGAUUUAGGUGAUAGUGACCGCACGGAAGACGAAGACAUUAGGGAGAGUGGAAGCCCUAAGCCGGUGAUGGUUUUCAUCCACGGGGGCUCCUACAUGGAAGGAACUGGGAAUAUGUUUGACGGCAGCAUCCUGGCCAGCUAUGGAAAUGUGAUUGUCAUAACUGUCAACUACCGGCUGGGCAUCCUAGGAUUCCUGAGUACAGGGGACCAGGCCGCCAAAGGGAAUUACGGCUUGCUGGACCUGAUCCAGGCUCUGCGCUGGACCAGUGAGAACAUCGCUGCCUUCGGCGGCGACCCGUUACGUAUCACUGUGUUUGGCUCCGGCGCUGGGGCUUCCUGUGUCAACCUGCUCACGCUGUCUCACUACUCCGAGGGACUCUUCCAGAGGGCCAUCGCGCAGAGCGGCACCGCUCUGUCCAGCUGGGCUGUCAGUUUUCAGCCAGCCAAGUACGCCCGGAUGCUGGCCCGGAAGGUGGGCUGUAACUUGGAGGACACUGUGGAGCUGGUGGGGUGCCUUCAGAAGAAACAUUACAAGGAGCUGGUGGAUCAAGACAUCCAGCCAGCUCGCUACCACAUUGCCUUUGGACCUGUUAUUGAUGGAGAUGUUAUACCUGAUGACCCUCAGAUACUCAUGGAGCAAGGCGAGUUCCUCAACUACGAUAUUAUGCUGGGAGUUAACCAGGGCGAGGGCCUGAAGUUCGUGGAGCUUAUUGUGGACAACGAAAACGGCGUUCAGGCUAACGACUUUGACUACGCCGUGUCCAGCUUUGUGGAUGACCUAUAUGGCUACCCAGAAGGGAAAGACAUCCUCAGAGAGACCAUCAAGUUCAUGUACACAGACUGGGCUGACAGGCACAACCCAGAGACACGCCGGAAAACACUGCUGGCCCUUUUCACCGACCACCAAUGGGUGGCACCGGCUAUUGCCACAGCGGACCUGCACUCCAGCUUUGGGUCGCCAACAUACUUCUAUGCCUUCUACCACCACUGUCAGACAGAACAGGUACCACCGUGGGCAGACGCAGCACAUGGAGAUGAGAUCCCAUAUGUGUUUGGGCUCCCGAUGAUUGGUCCAACAGAGCUGUUCCCCUGCAACUUCUCCAAGAACGAUGUGAUGCUCAGUGCCGUGGUCAUGACCUACUGGACAAACUUUGCCAAAACAGGGGAUCCCAACCAGCCUGUCCCCCAGGACACCAAGUUCAUCCACACCAAGCCCAAUCGUUUUGAAGAGGUGGCGUGGACACGCUACAACCAGAAAGACCAACUUUACUUACACAUUGGCCUGAAGCCCCGGGUCAAAGAGCACUAUCGUGCCAACAAGGUCAACUUGUGGUUGGAGCUGGUUCCCCAUCUGCACAGCCUCAACGAUGUCACCCAGCUCAUCCCCACCACCACCAAGAUCCCUCAAUCUGAGGCUACCAACCGCACGCCGAAGACCAAGGUUCCCGUGACCAAGCGCCCUUACCCGACUCCGUUCCCCACCGAGACCCAGGACAGCCACAUCCAGCCACAUCUGGUGGACCAGCGCGACUACUCCACUGAGCUGUCGGUGACCAUCGCUGUAGGAGCCUCCCUGCUCUUCCUCAACAUUCUGGCCUUCGCUGCCCUUUACUACAAGAAGGACAAGCGCCGGCAUGACGUCCACAGGCGCUGCAGUCCCCAGCGGAGCGCCGCCAACGACCUGGCUCACACUCAGGAGGAGGAGAUCAUGUCCCUGCAGAUGAAGCAGCACUCGGACCUGGACUGCAGGGGGGUGGGCGACUCCCUGCACCCGCACGACGUGGUGCUGAGGACUGCCUGUCCGCCGGACUACACUCUGGCCAUGAGGCGCUCACCGGACGACAUCCCGCUUAUGACGCCAAACACCAUAACCAUGAUUCCCAGCACCAUGGGCGGGCUCACCUCGCUCCACUCUUUCAACACCUUUCCCAGCAGCGGGCAGAAUAACACCCUACCCCAUCCGCACCCACACUCGCACUCCACCACCCGGGUAUAG